AUGCACUUCUCCCAACUUCUCCUCCCUCUCGCGGUCCUUGCUGACGCCAUCUUGUCGAGCAAUGUCGUGCUGCCCGCCGGCGUGCCACGGGACGUUGUCGAGUUCAGGGAGAAGCACCCCUACCGGUCGCCCAAGCCCGACUGCCACCGCAAGGUCGUCACCAUUAGGUCUUCCAAGGACGACCUCGAUGAUGUCGCAGACGAGUUCCUGCAGGGCAUCAAGAACGCCAAUAACGGUGGCACCUUGAGGCUCGAGAAGAACAAGCUCUACGUCAUUGGCAAGCCGCUCGACUUGACGUUCCUCAAUGACAUUCAUGUCGACCUCCAGGGAGAGAUUCUCUUCACCAACGACACCUCCUACUGGCAAGCCAAUGCCUUUCAUCAUCCCUUCCAAAACUCAAUUAUGUUCUGGAAAUGGGGAGGAUCCCAGAUCAAGAUCUACGGCGAUGGUAUCCUCAAUGGUAAUGGGCAGCGCUGGUACAAUGAGUUUGCCGGACUCGAGAUCCUUGACCCCAGCAACAGCUACCUCCGCCCCAUCCUCAUGUACGUCGAGAACGCCACCGACAUCUCAAUCAAGGGCAUCCACCAGAAGAAUAGCCCGUGCUGGACCAACUUUGUCGUCACCUCCAAGAACAUUGAGUUUGAGAACGUCAUGGUCACCGCCCACAGCAACAACGCCAGCGCCCUGCCCAAGAACACCGACAUGUUUGACAGCCUCAACAUUGAGAACCUCCGCGUCAAGCAGGUCUGGGUCGACAUUGGCGACGACUGCUUCAGUCCCAAGUCCAACGCGUCCAACGUUCACGUCGACACCAUGUACUGCAACGGCACGCACGGCCAGUCAAUCGGCUCGCUCGGCCAGUACGAGGGCGAGAAGUCGUUUGUCGAGGACGUUGUUAUUGAGAACGUCUGGUUGCUCAAUGGCCAGCACGGCGCCAGGCUCAAGACGUGGGCCGGCGAGCACGUCGGCUAUGGUUACAUCAACAAUGUGACUUUCCGCAAUUUUUGGCAAGCGGCCAAUGAGUACGCUAGUUACGUGGACUCGUGCUACUUUAACAUCCCCACGGACGUCUGCGCGCAGUACCCGUCCAAGAUGAACCUCACCAACAUCCUGUUCGAGAACUUCACCGGGUACACGUCGGGCAAGUAUGGGCGGGCCGUGGCGCGGCUGACCUGCAGCAGCAGCCCCGACGCCGUGUGCGAGAACAUCCAGUUCAAGAACUUCCAGAUCGAGACGCCCUGUGGCAACAAGGAGCCCGUCAUCAUCUGCGACGGCAUCAAGGGCGGGCUGGGCGUGCCCUGCGUGCCGUACAACUCGACCGAGGCCAAGGCCGCGCUCGCGGACAAGUGCACUGUGCCGGCGGCCACUACCACGGUGCAGCCAUGGCACUGAGCGUUGAUCCCUUCGAAAUGAUGGGUACGUUGAAGGGAGGGCAAAUGGAUGCGGUCCGAGGCUGCCUAGACAGCAG